AUGUCUGGAAUUUGGCCCUUCUUCAAUUCCUCUUUCUCCAAUGCUUCUAUCAAUAAGAUCCUGGCUGAAAUUGAUCUUGAUCAGCAGAAACGAGAACAAGAGGAUCAGCAGCGACGCCAACAACAGCAGCAGCAACAGCAACAGCAACAACAGCAACAACAACAACAACAACAACAACAACAACAACAACAGAAGUCCAAACAAACAUCUGCCAAGUCUCGGGGCGUCUCGAAAUCCGGGAAAAUUGAUAUCAACGAGGGCUCCGCGGACCCAUCCUCCAAUACGUCGUCAGGUACCUCGGGAUCCUUUUCCCCUUCUACUAAUCUCACAAAGAGUACAGCUCGUGUUUCGAUGACUUCAGCGCAAGCUCAAUCGGCUUCAACCGAUCAACCUACGCAGUCUACUACUCACCAGAUGGCAUAUUCUCCUACUUCUCGGCAGUUCAAUCUAACAGCUUCUCAAUUGUUACAUCAUAUAAAGGAAAACGAUAUUAAUUUGGCUCAAUCUCUGGGGCAACCUCAGUCUUCCAAGCAGCAGCAGCCACAGCAGCCGUCUUUGUUAUCUGCUGAAAAGCCCACAAAUUCGAACAUCUCUGUAUCCUCAUCUUUAGAUUCGUCUAUAAAGCCAGCGGCUCCAACGGCUCCAACGACUGUGGUAGCUCCGUCUACUUUAACGGCUCCGCAUCGCGCUAUCAGCGUGUCUUUACUCAACAAGCUCUUGGAUCAACCGAACUUAAUGGAUGAGAUUAACCUUGCCAAAAACCAGCGUUUGAUUAACUACAUCUCGCAGAUCGAUGUGAUAGAUGUCAUGAUUGAUUACAUUUUAUAUUCUCUCGAAUUAGCCAAACUUGAUAGAGACCCUAAUGAGGUUGAACUUCAAAGCGAGAUUUUUGCCGAAGACGCUGAAUCCGAUAACAAGGCAUCCAAAGACGAUAGUAGUUCUUCCGACGAAAAGGAAGGUUCUGUUACUGGCGAAGAAAAGCAAGAAGAAGAAGAAUCUCAGGAACAACUUUCGGCAUUUGAAAAAGCUCUUCAGAGAGCCUCUGUCUGUAGCGAGAUUAUGAUUCUUCCGAACACAAAUAUUCUUCCGAAUUUAAUGGCAUCGACUCCACUAAUGACCAAGCUUUGGAGAGGAUUCUUCGAUAAAGAUGUAAGUUAUUUUUACAAAAAUUUCAAACUGGUUACUGCGGAAGCGAUGGAUGCAGAAGAAGAGCGGGAAGUGGAAUCUUCACAUAUUCCCGAGACAGCUGCUACCCAGUCAUCUCAUCAACUUCUUGAUGAAGAAAAGUAUGAACGGUCCAGAUUUAAAGACAAUCACGCACUGUUACUGUUCAAUAAUUUCCUCAAAUUGGUUGAUGAUAUGGCGACCAUGAACAUAAAUGAGCUGAUGAAUUUCAUUCGGUUCGAGCAGCAGCACUGUCCUUUAACAGAUCAAUUCCUUAAGUUUAUUCCUUACUCCCCAACCACUUGUGAUUUGCUAGUUCGGUUGGUUUCCACCGACAAACCAUACAACCCUAACGGGCUUAUCAAUAUUUUGAUUGAUCAGAACCUAGUAUUGGAGCUGUUCAAGAUGACCAAGAUUUACUACCUCGAUCACCAGGUACAAGAUAAUCUUUGCAAUUUGCUCAAUGGUAUAGUGGGCAUCUCUUCGAACGUUGGAUUUUGGGACGAUCCAUCCCUUGCCAACGGUGGACAGCAAUUGAACGAGUUUGGAGAACCUAUAGACCAAGAUCAGGCUAAUAUAAUGCGCGCUAGUAAUCCCAAUGUCGGACCCAAUGAUCUCACUAGACAAUUGGUUUCUAAACAAUGCGUUAUGGAGAUGUUGGAUAUUAUCAUCAACUAUGGCAAUUACGGAUUGGUUACCGUUGUUUCUGUAAUCAUUGAGGUUAUCAGGAAAAACAAUUCCGACUAUGACGAGUUUGAUUGGAUUGCAUGUGUUGAAGAGCAGGAGAUCACUGAGACUGAGGCUGAGAACGAAGAACCAAAAGAACCAGAAGAUUCCACCGAUGAUAUUGUGGUGGCGACACCCGACGAGGAAGAUACCGGCGCUCCAUUAAAGCGAGCUAGUGAGAUCGCCGAAGUCUCUGAGGACUCCAAAUCCAAGAUUAAGCAUCUUCCGAAUUCGCGUGAUCCAAUAUAUUUGGGUGUAAUGCUCAAGCUGUUUUCUCUUCAUCUUGCUGAGAUAGUGGAGAACUAUUUGACGAAUAAGUACUUUGAUCUUCGAAAGGUCACCAAGUUGAACACUGCAAAUGGAGACAUGAUUGAACCUUUAGGAUACGAGAGAUUCAAAGUGAUGGAGUUGAUAGCCGAACUGCUUCAUUGUUCCAAUAUGAUUCUUAUGAAUAAGUCUUUGAAAUUGGACUACCUGAUAUACAAACGUGAUCUUUGGAGAGAUGUGAAGCAUACAGAGAGUCUUGUCAAAGAUGCGUUGAACGACAACAUCAAUGAACGCGAGACAAAGGACGAUAAAAUUAUGGACGAGGAACUUCUUCGGCGUGUUCAAAAGAUGAGUUUGAGCAACCCUUUGAGUGAUGGGCUUCCACUGGAAGAACGGUAUGUCGAGAUACCAAGUGAUUUGUCAAUUGGUAAUUUUUUCAAGUUCAAGUUACUUCAAACGAACUCGAUCCCACUUAUUGCACUGAAGAUGCAUCACUUCCCUUGGAAUAACUUUAUGCAUAACGUGGUAUUUGAUUUGGUUCAGCAGGUAUUCAACGGCCGUCUUGCCAACUGGGACGAGGACCAGGCUUCAAAUCAGGAGGAGACAAAAUACGACGACAAUUUGUCACUUAAUAAGGUUCUUAUUUGGUCACUGUUUGGUGACUUUGACAAGUUUGACGGCGACUACGUCGAUGAUCCCUCUUUCCCUGGUUUUUUCAAUUUGCCUCAAUAUAUUCUUUAUUGUUUCAAACUCUCUGAGGAAAAAGAGGCAGAGACAAAAUUCAAGCUUGGAUACAUGGGCCAUUUAACGUUGAUAGCCGAAGAGGUUCACAAGUUCCAGAACUACGUAGAGAACUUUGGUAUGGCCAGAGAUGAUCAGACAUUCAGUUUACUCAAGGAAGAGUCAGAUUCGAGUUCAGUCUUCUAUCUGAAGUCCUCGUUCUACGUAUUCAAUACUUUGUUUGAAAGAAUCUUUGAGAGCGGUAAGUUUGAUGAAUGGAACCGUUUUGUCAGCUCUACAUUAAAGGAUCUUAACUCGAUGUACAACAAGGUUUUGGGAAACCCUAACGAUAUUGGAACUGGAGACGAGAAUGGAAGUAAUGAUGAUGAUAGUGGAGUUCUCAUUACGGAUGACAGCAUUCCUAUCUCUGCUUCUCCAGUCAACGAGAACGCUAUAAUAUUGGAUAAUGGUGACAGCGAAGAAUUCCACAAAGGGGUGGAAGUGAUAGAGGGAGAGGCACAGAAUAAUGGAAGCGGCGAAGAAGAAGGCUCUGAUAUUUCCCACGAAGAAUACGAAGAAAAUUACAAAGCAGGUGCCGAUGAGGAUGUUGAAGGUGCGAAUGAAGACAAUCUUGGUGGCGGCGAUCUGCGACCAAUCAAAGGCCACCACGAAGCAGAGACAUAUGAAACUAACGAUUCUAACGAACCUAAUGAUGGAGCCAGUGAAGCCAACUAG